AUUCAAAACCUAAAUCUAGGGGGGGGGGGGGGGGGGUUAACCCCCAGUACCUAAGAGAACUACCCCGUAUAUGGGGAAGAAGAUACAUGGAAGAAAUAGAAGAAGCCUUGAUGUGAGAGAGCUCCCUUCCAUCUCCUCUUCCUCCUCCUUCUCAUCUUCUCCUUCCUUCAACUUCUUUCUCUUUAAACCAAAAUUCUUUUAUCAAUUUCAGCUCGCCAAUUUAGGGGAGGAGCCCUCUAAUUAUAGAUUUCAGGAUUCGGGCAAGUUCACGAUCAUGGGAUGGGGGGGGGGGGGGGGGGGGGGAGUUUGCAGCAGUGAUAUGGGAAGGGAAGGCCGCGAUCUUGGGCUUUUUCUUUUUAUGCUUUGGAACUUGGGAAGUCUGCGGCCCAAGUUCAUGGUCGGCAUCCAUGAGUCACGGCCGCGAUCUUCUUUGAGUGCUCGGAUGAAGAAGGUGUGAGUUGACUACCAAGACAUUCUGCUCCUUCCUUAUUGGCUGCUCCAAAGUUAGAUCCUGAGGCCUCCAUGUUCGCGGUCAUGAUUUUCUCCCAAAAGUCGACGAUCUUGGUCCUCAGCUUCGCGCCCUCUUUUCUCGUCCGUAAUCUUUCAUGCUCUGACCGUGAUCUCUGGAUUUCCAUUUCUGUACAUUUGUGCACAUUUUUUUUUACCUAAAUCAUUCAUAUCUUCGAAUACAUCCUAAUAUGCUAAUAUUUUCUCAAAGGAAUAAAUAAGGUGUAUAUUUGAUGAUAGAUUAACCAUGAAGAAUACAAAAUGACUAGAAGCAACCCUAAAUAUGGGCUCUAGAUAACACCAUUUUGUAUGUUAUCAACAAUUUAACUCAUGUUACACAACGCUUAGAAAGAAAGUGGGUAUAAUAAAAACUCAUAUAAGACGACAAUUUAUGUUGUAUAAGACAAUUUUAAACUAGAAGGUUCACAAUAUUUUAAUAUUAUUAUACUUUAAAAAUUGGACCACAUCUUCUUUAUGGAAUGUUUACUUGAAAUUGAUUGGGCUCUUGGGUGACCUCCCAUUCCAUCAUUACUAAUAUAUCCGACAUUUAAGAUUUUCUUUCUUUCUUUCUGCCCUUCCCUUCCUUACCUACUUACAGGUCAGCUUUCGGUAAACUGAGGGCGACAGAGAAGGAAACAUUUAUGGCGGUUGUUAACAAGGUUGCUGCAACAAUUGAAGGCUUUGGAUUGUCAGAUCUCUUCCCUUCCCUCAAAUUCAUCCCCCUCGUUACUGGCUAUCGAGCCAAGCUCAUGGCGCUUCAUAAUAGAGCGGAUUCCUUGCUUGAGGAAAUCAUCCGCCAACAUAGAGACAAAGCAAAUAGAAAACAAAAACAUCAUAAUGAUGAUGAUGAUGAUGAAAUAGAGGACAUUGUCGACAUUCUCCUCGGUCUUCAACGUAUCGGGGACCUCCCACUUCCCUUAGCAACUGCCGACAUCAAAGCCGUCAUUCUUGAUGUUUUUCUUGCUGGUAUGGAAACAACAGCAACCACAAUCGAGUGGGCUAUGUCUGAGUUGAUUCAAAACCCAAAUGUUUUACGACUAGCACAAGAAGAAGUUAGGCAAGUCUUUGGUGACAAGAGAAAUGUUCGUGAAGACCAGCUCCAUGAGUUGACCUACUUAGAUGCAGUGAUCAAAGAGAGCAUGCGAAUGCAUCCUCCUGCUCCCGUACUGCUUCCAAGAGAAACGAGAGAGGCCGUUGAGAUCAAUGGUUUUGUUAUCCCUGCUAAAACUAGAGUUAUAGUCAAUGCCUGGGCAAUCGGAAGAGAUUCUAGUUAUUGGAUUGAUCCUGAAAAGUUUUACCCAGAGAGGUUCUUGAACUCUUCUAUUGACUAUAAAGGAGCACACUUCGAGUAUAUACCAUUUGGUGCUGGAAGAAGGAUUUGCCCUGGAAUGUUAUUCGGAAUGGCUAAUCUUCAACUGGGCCUAGCCAAUUUGCUCUUGCAUUUUGAUUGGAAAAUUCCCGUUGGACUUCAACACCUAGAUUUGAUUGAACAGUCAGGACUCUCCAUCUCAAGUAAAAAAUUAUUACGCCUCAUCCCUACUGUGGCUGGCAAUUGAUGGCUAGCGCGAUGCCUUAAUUAAUAUAUGGUAGUUUGGAAAGGUUAUUGUUAAGUCUUAGCCAUGUGCAUGUUGGAGCUGAAGUGUGUAGUUUUAGUAUAUUACAUUUUUAGUCCUCAAACUCUUUGUUCUAUGUCAUUUGGGCACUGUCGAAUUAUGUUGGUCAUGUAUCUUUGUUUUUAGGGUUGAAGAAGUCAAGGCCAUCAUUUCUCUGUCGAGUUAUUUGAUGUUCUUCAGGUUGUUUCCAAGUUUGCAACUAAUAUUUGGAAUAAAAUUUUCAGUUUACC